UCCAUCAACAUCACCAAACAAUAAGAAUCGCACAGCAAACAAUCAAUCUGCUUCGCAUAUAUCAGCGCUGCCUGAGCUUCAAAGGUCGCUUUACUUGGCCUUAUCAUCAAGUAAAUUCGUACGAAGAUAGCCUGUCACCAGAAGACUUGAUUCCAGUCGCUUCGCACCAACCCGGUCAUCGCGUCCGGCAAUCGAUCGCCUCGUUUCUUUGGCAAGCCGAAGAAACGAUCCCAAGCAACCCUUCUGUCAAUAUGGCUACGACGAGAUCUAGCAUUUCCAUCGCCUUAAAUGGCUCCAUGGCAAAUGCUCGCGACAUAAAGAAGCCCUUGAGUCCAGACGCUUUCACUAGUGGUCUGGCCAAGAGUUUUCCUGCUACGAAAGCUACCCACACCCUCCCUACUCCUCCCAACUCCAUCUCUCCGAAUCUGCCGCCACACGGCCUCAAGUCGCAAAACUACGGCUCCACUGCCCUAGGUCACCUGGAUGCCGUCGAGUCCGACUUUGACCUCCGCGAUGGUAGUGGCGGCAGCAUGGAUUCUCAGAAUGGGUUUGAGACGACCGGGUCCAUCACCCCAACCCUUCUCGCGAAGCACCACCUUCCCGACAUCCUUCUGAACAACGGCCCUCUCGCCAUUCGCCACAUCAUGGGAUACCUCACCACCUCCGUUCCUGGAUUCUCCAGCAUCCCACCAGCCAAGGCUCGACGACUGGUAGUCGGAGCGCUGGAAGGUCGUGGAGGUGGCGACGGCGGCGGACGGGGCGGAGACGUCAAGUUCGAGAAGGUGGGAUGGGGAAGAUGGGAUGCGAGAAUGAACGGCCAACCAAGCCGAGAAUCUCGCGGACAACAGUCGCCACCCCCCAGCAUGCCAACCUACUCGAUGGGAAUGCCCAUCAACAAUAACAACUCUGGUGGCAGGGCACGACCCAACGCGCCAUCCUCCAGCUGGGCUGGCGACUCUGUGGUCUUCUCCCACGAAGAUGACAUCGAUAUGGAGAUGGAAGAAGUAGACAAGAUGUCACUUGAUGGCUCCUGCUCUUCUUCCGAAGCGCCUCCAGACGAUGAAAUGAUGGGAGACGACCCGGAAGACAUGACCGACGACGAAGACUGGGCCGCAGUCGGCGCAGUCGCCCUUCGUCAAGCCUCUUACAACGGAUCCGUACCUCUUAGCGGACUCAGCUUCCUCAAUACUCAUGUAUAUACUGGAGGAGCUGUAUCAAACAACUACGGCGGAGCAUCUCUCUCGGCUCUGGCAAAAUCAGCGCCACUUCGCCAUGAUCAUAUUUCCUCUCAACAAGCAUCUAACCCCAAGGUCGAUUUCAGCUCCCUUGGGAUGGCCUCCGACUCCCAGGAGCGUGAGGCCAUCGAGGCGCUCUUGCGUCUUGGUUCUGUAUAAUAUCUUAACGGCGUUCUGGUGGUUACGGCAGAUGGGAAUACCUCCUAUACUACGAUCUCGCGGCGACGAUCGAUCGAUUCCCAUGGUUUUUACGGAAUGGCUGUUUUUUUUUUGGUAAUGGAUUUUUUUAAGGAAACAAGCGCGACUUGUUUUCAGCAUCGCCUCUCAUAAUAUAUGAGACGGUUCGAUGCGCAAAUACACAACAUUUCUUUUUUUCGACAAAUAACAUCGAUAUCUCUCUUCGUCUCUGGUCCGAAACACGACUAGUGGGGACUUCGUACAGGGCUUAAAACACAUGGCCUGGAGCCUCACUGUCACCUGCGAAUUCAAUUUCUUUCCGCCGUCCUGACGCCUUAACUGGCAGCUUCGGGGCGACGUCGCCUUUGUGCGAAUUUUAUUUAUACCACUUUUUAUGGUCCCCCGCAUGGAGGGAUCCGACACUUCUUCAAGACUUUUGUUGCGAAUUGGGAGCAGGUUAGGGAACACGGAACUGAAGCGGGCCCCCUUCGACGGUGGCUGGGCGCUUUAAAAUGGGAACGGCACGGACGGAUGGACAGGGACUGGGAAAAAUCCAUUCCUUAUUACAUGAUUUAUGAUUGGAACACAGAACAUUCAUUUUUUUUUACAUGGAUAUGAGGCUUUUAUGGGAUGGAGAUCGGGGGAGGAGGAGCGGAUACUGGAGACCACACAGUCCCUACAUAAUUUACCCAUAAUUUUGAGGCUCUCUCGUGGCAGUAUUCUGAAUAGUAAUAAUGGUGGUGGUUGAGAGAUGGGGGGUUGACGUUUUUUUCCUAGCUGAUACGUGCUCGUUUGGGCUUCACUGGGUUUACGUCGGAGUAGGGUAUAUAGUUUUUAAUGCGUCUCGCAAGUCGAGGUGUGUGUGUGUCAAUGAGAAGAAACUACUACCCGGCUACUUUAUUUGCUAUGAUUUUGAAUGGCCGU